AUAUAUAUAUAUAUAUAUAUAGUUUCUAUUCCCAUAACUAUGGAGAAAACAUCGUGUUCCUGGUUCUGUGUCCUUCCCUUGUUCCUAAGUACGGGUGUGAUCUCAGCACCAUCUGAAUCUUCUACUGCCCAACCAUGUCCUUUGGAGGGAAUAGAGAUCUCAGGGGGCUCUUUUCAACUCCUCAAGAAUGGGCAGUUCCUGGAAUAUGUGUGCCCAUCUGGCUACUAUCCAUAUCCUGUGAAGAUACGUCAGUGCAAGCCAUGGGGAUCCUGGAGUACCCUUCAGACUCCAAAUAAGAAGAUAGUUAAAAAAGCUGAGUGCAAAGUAAUCCAGUGCCCAGGCCCCGAAGACUUUGAAAAUGGUGAUUUCUGGCCUCGAAAACACUUCUACAACAUAAGCGAACAGAUUUUUUUCCAAUGCUAUGAUGGGUAUACUUUACAUGGUUCUGCCAAUCGUAUCUGCCAACCAUCUGGCCACUGGGAUGGCUUUACAGCUAUCUGUGAUGAUGGUGCGGGGCACUGCCGAGAUCCUGGCAUCCCCAUUGGUACAAGGAAGGCAGGCAGACAAUACCGAAUGGAAGAUAGUGUAACCUACCACUGUGGCCAAGGGCUCACCUUACGGGGUUCCCAGAAGCGUACCUGCAUGGAAGAUGGAUCCUGGAGUGGCACAGAGCCCUCUUGCCAAGACUCCUUCAUGUAUGAUACCUCAGAGGAGGUGUUUGCUGCCUUCAUAUCCUCCCUGACAGAGACCAUUGAAGGGGCUGAUGCAGAAAAUGGACAUAACCCAGGAGAGCAGCAGAAGCGGAAGAUUGUCUUAGACCCCUCAGGAUCUAUGAAUAUGUAUCUAGUGCUAGAUGCAUCAGAUAGCAUUGGCAAGAACAACUUUACAGGAGCCAAAAAGUGUUUUACCAGUCUCAUUGAAAAGGUGGCAAGUUAUGGGGUGAAGCCACGAUAUGCAGUGGUGACCUAUGCCACGGAGGCCAAAGCGGUGGUCAAAUUAUCAGAUGAGCAAAGCAGUGAUGCAGACUGGGUCACCCAACAGCUGGAAAAGAUCCAAUAUACAGACCACCAGUUGAAGUCAGGAACAAACACAAAACGGGCGUUGAUGUUGCUGUAUGAGAUGAUGAUCCUACAAGAAUCCAAAAAUGACAUUAACUGGAAUAAAACACGUCAUGUGAUCGUGCUUAUGACUGAUGGAAAUUACAACAUGGGAGGAGACCCUGUGGCAGCUAUUGAGCAAAUCCGAGAGUUUCUGGAUAUUGGAAAGAACCGUAAAAACCCAAGAGAAAAUUAUCUGGAUGUCUAUGUAUUUGGGAUUGGGCCUUUGGUGGACCAGGAGAAGAUCAAUGCUUUGGCUUCAAAAAAGGAUGGGGAAAGGCAUGUGUUCAAGGUUAAGGACAUGGAAGACCUGGAGCAUGUCUUCUCCUUGAUGAUUGAUGAAAGCAACACUCUGGGUCUGUGUGGAAUAGCAUGGGGACAUCAGAAAGGUGGAAAAUAUGAAAGACAACCCUGGCAUGUUGCCAUUAAUGUCAUUCGGCCUUCUGCAGGAAAGGAGACAUGUAAGGGGGCUGUUGUGUCAGAAUACUUUGUGCUAACGGCUGCUCACUGUUUCAAUGUGGAUGACCAAGCCCAUUCCAUUAAGGUCGAUGCAGGUGGUAUACAGAACAGGCAGGUGGAUGCUGUCUAUUUCCAUCCCAAUUAUGACAUCAAUAAGAAAAAAGCUGAAGGAAUUCCUGAAUUCUAUGACUAUGACAUUGCCCUUGUCAAGCUCAAGAAGAAGUUCAUAUUCUCAAAAGACCUCAGACCCAUCUGUCUUCCCUGCACAGAGGCAACAAACCGUGCUUUAAGGCUUCCAUUGUCAACCACAUGUCAACAACAGGAAAAAGAGCUGCUCCCUGAGAAGAAUGUCAAAGCCCUGUUUGUGUUUGAAGACAAGAAUAACCUGUUACAAAAAGAAGUUUACAUAAAGAAUGGAGAGAUGAAAGCCAGUUGUGAGGGAGAUGCCCGAAAGGCCCAAGGCUAUGAGAAGAUUAAGCAGGUCUCUGAUGUGGUAACUCCCCGAUUUCUCUGCACUGGGGGAAACCAACCUUAUGCUGACCCCAACACUUGUAAAGGAGAUUCUGGUGGUCCACUUAUUAUUCACAAGAAAAGUCGAUUCAUUCAAGUGGGUGUGAUUAGCUGGGGUGUAGAAGAUGUCUGCAAGCAUCCCAACAGAAUCCCUCCCCCUCAUGCUCGUGACUUCCACAUCAACCUCUUCCAAGUAUUGCCUUGGCUUCAGGAGAAACUGAAGGACGAGGAUCUAGGAUUCUUGUGAAAGAUUUUCAACAUGUCUGUGAAAAUUAAAAAAUUAAAACAAGGAGCUACAAUCA